CCCCAACAAUGUACAAUUAAAAGUCAUAAAUAUUUUAAAAUUCACGCAUAUUGUCAGUCUAGUCCGAAAUGUUUGAGUGACGCAACGUAUUUAUUAAUAAAAAAGUUUUUAAGUGUAAAAAUGUUUAUAAAGUGUUUAUUGAUUACGUUUAUUUUGCAAUUUAUCGAUGCUCAGAAUGAGUACCCAUGGCGGAGCUCGAGUACCUGCAGGCUACCUCGCAUCGAGAACGGCCGACCACGAUUCAGGCCGCGCUCGAAGAUCAUAAAGUUUAUCUGCAAUUUCCGGUAUGAGUUGGUGGGGAACCGAUACGCCACCUGCAGGAAUGGGGAGUGGGACGAACCACCACCAGUUUGUGUCAGACCCGGCUGCCCCCUCCUGCCCAAUAUAACCAACGGCGUUAGCAUGUACAACCAUCAUGGCGCGUGGAUGGUGGCAUUCUGCAUCCCUGGAUAUCAACUUGUGGGCUCCCCGGCCAUCUACUGCGAUGGUAACAAGUGGAACGGAUCUUUGCCCACUUGCAUUGACUCUUCAGCAGAAGCAAAGUACAGUUGUGACUUCGAAAGCCCAGACCUCUGCGGCUGGAUGGAUGACGAAUUCCACGAUUUUGAUUGGCGACGUAUCAACAAGCACACCCCGAGCCACUACCUCCUCACUGGGCCCUCGUAUGACCAUACUUACGGUCCUGGUGGAUCAGGUCAUUACAUGUAUAUAGAGAGCUCGACAAGGCUGGAAAAUGACACCGCGCGUCUCUUGUCCCCGAUCUACAGCGCAUCAGCGUCGAAGGGUGGUUGCUUCUCUUUCUUCUAUCACAUGUUCGGGAAGGAUAUAGGAGGUCUUCGAGUCUACCAGAAGCCUGGCAUUUUACAACUGUCAUACAUAUUGGGUUUAAGUGACUCUGACAAGCAGAGGUACAUUCUGUUCGAGCAAUGGGGGAACCUUGGCGACACCUGGUUCUCCGCCGUUGUGGACCUCAAGGAGACGCUCGGCAGCUUCCAGAUAGUGAUAGAAGGCAUCCGAGGCAAGAGUUAUACGAGUGAUAUAGCGAUCGAUGACGUGGCGAUACUGCAUGGUGAGAACUGCACUGAAGCGAAGAGGAUCGCCUCCACCCCAUCCCCCAAUUUACCGGAGACAUGCAGUGGCCGCUGUGAUCUACAAGGCGAUAAUGAGCCUCAACCAGGCUGCAGUUGCUCUUUACCCUGUAUCGCUAUGAGCAACUGCUGUUUCGACUUCAUUGAGCUCUGUCUCUUCAACCCAGCAAACGGAUCGAAAUCUGAUGACGACGCUACUACCACCGUAGAAGCUCCAGAAACACAAAAACUAGUCGCUAGCACCGAGACUACCUCAACUACGACGCUUAAGCCAACCACGAGUCGGACUACGUCUACAACCACGCGGACAACCAUACGUACAACCACACCUAGGACUACCUCUACAACUACUACAACACCUGCACCUACCACCACAACAACCACAACUCCUAAACCUACAACUGUAAGACCUAGAACUACAAAAAGUACUACAACGACCAGAAAGCCUACUAAACCCACAACACGUGUGUACAGACCAACAACAAAACGUAUUUCAAUAAAGCCGAUAACUGUCCCAACGACUACGACUAGGCGUACAACUGUGUUUAUUACGUCGACAACGCGGACUGUGGCGACAACUACACAUCAGCCCACAUAUCACGAUAUGAUAGAUGAUAAAGCAACGUUGGCGACCGCAAAAGAUGAGAAGAAAGGAUCCGGUGCUCUGAAAACAGCGGUGGUAACCAUCGUAGUUUUGGCGUGCCUCAGCGCUGCGGUCAUGGCGGUGGUAUGCUCCCGGUCUUCCAGAGGGUUGCAGGCGAUAGCAAGGCUGCGCGGCACCACACGUCGCGACCCUGAAGUGCGCUACUUAAGCGAGGCGAAUGAAUAAAUUAUAUAUUAACA